CUCUCCUUCUUUCUCCCUCUGCCUCCCCCCUUCUCUUCUCUCCUCUCUCUCCCACUCCCUCUCUCUCUCUCUAAAUGCCAUCGGCGGCUCCAUCUCUAUGUCACUCUUUCUUCACAUCUGCGGGGAAAAAAGCCUCCACCCUGCCCGGCAGCGUCCACUUACAGGUGAUCGGAAGCGAGCGCGGAACCUGUGGAUUUAACUGAAAGGAGAAGAAAGAAAAAAAACGACGGGAUUUGGGACAGGUUGUUCUUGCAUUUUGACUUGUGCCGUACUUCGGCGUCCAUGAACAUUCGCUGAAGAGACAACAUCAAAAACAAAACAAAAACAAAAAAAAAAAAAAACCAAAAAACAAGAAGAGCAGCAAUGGAAGUAAGCGCGGACCAGCCCCGAUGGAUGAGCCAUCAUCCCGCGGUGCUGAACGAGCAGCAUCCCGGCUCACAUCACCGUCUCAGCCACUCGUACAUGGACCCUUCGCAGUAUCCCCUCGCUGAAGAUGUGGAUGUACUCUUAUAUAUCGAUGGACAGGGGAACCACGUCUCUCCAUACUAUGGAAACUCUGUUCGAGCCGUCCAGAGGUACCCUCCUCCUCCACACAGUAGCCAGGUGUGCCGUCCCUCGUUACUGCACGGCUCUCUGCCCUGGCUGGAGGGAAGCAAAGGAAUCCCACCGCACCACAGCACUUCUCCCUGGAACCUGAGCCCCUUCCCCAAGAACCCCCUGCACCACGGCUCCCCGGCCAGCCUGUCCGUCUACCCCCCGGCCUCCUCCUCCUCCCUGUCCACCGGACACUCCAGUCCGCACCUCUUCACGUUUCCCCCGACCCCUCCGAAAGACGUGUCCCCGGACCCGGGCAUAUCCACCCCGGGCUCCAGCAGCUCCGGGCGGCAGGAGGAUAAAGAGUGCAUAAAGUACCAGGUGACCCUGGCUGAGACUAAACUGGAGUCAGCUCACAGCCGGAGCGUGGCAUCCAUCGGGGCAGGGUCAUCCUCUGCCCACCACCCCAUCGCCACAUACCCACCCUAUGUCCCUGAAUACGGCCCAGGCCUCUUCCCACCAAGUAGCCUGAUAGGUGGGUCAUCUUCUAGUUAUGGUUCCAAAACAAGACCAAAAACAAGGUCCUGUUCAGAAGGUAGAGAGUGCGUGAACUGCGGGGCCACGUCGACUCCGCUGUGGAGGCGGGACGGUACGGGUCACUAUCUGUGUAACGCCUGCGGACUCUACCAUAAGAUGAACGGGCAGAACCGCCCUCUCAUCAAACCCAAGCGGCGGCUGUCCGCAGCCAGGCGGGCGGGGACGUCGUGCGCCAACUGUCAAACGACAACGACGACGCUGUGGCGGAGAAACGCCAACGGGGACCCGGUGUGUAACGCCUGCGGCCUCUACUAUAAACUGCACAAUAUCAACCGACCUCUGACCAUGAAGAAGGAAGGCAUCCAGACCAGGAACAGGAAGAUGUCCAGCAAGUCCAAGAAGAGCAAAAAGUCCCAAGACAGCAUGGACGACUUCUCCAAGAGCCUGAUGGACAAGAGCAGCUCGUUCAGCCCGGCCGCCCUGUCCCGCCACAUGUCCUCCUUCCCUCCGUUCUCGCACUCCAGCCACGUGCUGACCACCCCCACACCCAUGCACCCCUCCUCCAGCCUGCCCUUCGCCCCCCACCACCCCUCCAGUAUGGUGACAGCCAUGGGUUAGAGUCCCGAGCCUCCCCCCCCCCCACCCCCCCGAACGGCCUCGCCACUGAAGUCCACCUCCAGCCCGCCGCCGCCACGCCCUCCGGUACCUCCGCUGACCUGCUUCCAGAUCCUCCAAGACGAACGGCGCCCUCCGCGGUCCGAUCUCGCCGCCCGUGUUGCGUUGCAGCACGCCGGCCUUCGGCUCCCCCCCUCCCCCCCCCUCCCCCCACCUUCGGUUCUGUCUUAUUUUUUAUAAAAAUCAAAGUGUACCUCUGCGAUGUGAAUGCUUUGCAGACUUGACUGUGGCGCGCUGACCUCCCGGAGGGGGGCACCACCCUUCCCAUCCACCUCCCCCCCCCCCCACCUCCACCUCCACCUUAACACGGAGCUCCAUUUGUGUACAAAAAGCCAUCCCCCCCCACCCCCUCCCGUGACGGCCGCUCCCUCCAUCUCCUAACCUCUCCUCACCUGUGCAACAGGAAGCCCCCCCCCCUCCCCCUCCUCAUCACCCCCCCUCCCUCCCCACCCCCCCUUCCUCCUCAUCUUCUCCCGCUGGAGACACUGACGUUGAAUAUAUUUGUACAAAUUGUAUGAAAUACAGUACAUUUAAUGAAGACUUUUUAAUUAAGCAGCAAGAGGAAAAAAAAAAAAAUGGAGACAUGCCCGUGGGCAGCUAACGACGAGAAGGGUACGAGUCGCAGCAGGUGGAGAGACUUGCCGCCGGAGAGGAGAGAGAGAGAGAGAGAGAGAGAGAGAGAGGGAGAGAAACGAAGGGAGGAAGGAGGCGAGGAGAGCAGAGGGAGAGACUCUUGAGAAAAGGGCAGGCUUCGGUUUUCGCCUGCAUGAACUGCGUCGCAUUAAGUUGGCGGAGAGUCGGCGGCUCCGGCUGCAGGUUUCUCUCCACUUCCUUUCUUUUCUUUUCCUUCUUUUUGUUUUUUUUUUUUUUCUUUUCUUUUUUUCUUUUUGAAUGUGCUAUAGGUCUCGGGCAAUUGGUUUGUGUUGAAGCGCGCACGUACACACACACACACACAGACACACACGCACACACACGAUCACCUAAAAAGACUUUCUUCCUGCCCACAGAUUAUAUGCAUUGUGAAAAAAAAAAAAGUUCCUGUAUUUGUUAUUUGUAUGUAUAAAUCAGAGUACCAAAAAUACGAAAGAAACAAAGAUGUAGAAUUAUUUCUUUAUGUUAUGCAGACUGAAUGGUUGUAAAAAUUUAAUAAUAAUCACUAGUGUAAAAUAUGACUGCUUUUUUUGUUUCGUAAAUUUUUUUUUUUCCCCUCUUUGAAAAUAAUAAAACUAGUUUAAUCUCUGUUGACAUGUUA